UUGAAAGGAACAAAGGAAAACCACCCUCCUCUCAUGGCUUCUUCUUAUGCUCUCUCCUUCCUUCCAUUAACUCAAUCCCCGAAGCUCUGUGCUCGGAACCCACUUCCAAACUCCCGUUCAUGGCGCCCGCGUCCCCCUCGCCCUAACGCACCAUCAUCCUCCUAUAUAUCCGCCUCUAUCGGAGAUGGGCCCAAUGCCACGGAGCCCAUAACCGUUGAAACUCUCCACCGGUUCUUUGAACUCAGCGUUGGCAAAUGGCACGGCUCCUUCUACCAAUUCAAUGCUCAUGGGAAGUUGAUGCAAAAUGUGAGUACGCGGCUCUCUGCAAGUACCUAUGGAGAAGAUGAUUUGAUGAGCCUCAUUCAAACGCUAUACAUAAAACAACCUCCAUUGUCAGUCUCAGACCCUGAAGAAGACCCAGAAUGGGCAGAAUAUAAGAUCAAAGAGACCAAUAUGUUCACUGUUGACAGAUAUCAGCAGAUCGGCCUUUUCCCCGACACAAGGGCUUUUGCCUUAAGGUACCAGACUGCUGGCAUGCUGGAGACUGUUUUGAGGCAAGGUGUAUUGGGUGAAAAUGACACAGGAGAAGAGUCUCCCAGGAAUCUUAAGCUUCCUUCACGAAGGCCGUCUAUAGUAUGCGAGAAUUGUUUAUAUGCACAAGACAUAGAUAAUAGGCGGGCAAGAGCCUUUCACGUUAUGAACCCCGGAGGUGACCUAGAUAUGCUUCUUGUGUUCCUGGAAGAUAGAGGGGAUGGGAAUCAUCCUCCUCCUUCACUUGCCAAUCUUGGUGAGAGCGCUGGUAGGGUUGAACCGUUUCUUGGUAGGUGGGAAGGUCAUUCAAUGACGAAGCGAAGUGGUGUUUAUGGAUCAACACUUACUGAAGCUGAUUGUGUUUCUUUACUUGAGAUGAACAAUAAGGGUCAGCUCAUCCAGGAUAUAACAUCGACUUCUAGAGGAAGUAACGUCGCGACCAAAGUGCAUUGGAGCGGUACCCUGGUGGAUAAUCUGAUCAUAUACGAUGGAGGGUACCAGAUAACUCUGUUGCCAGGAGGGAUGUACAUGGGUUGCCCUUGUGAUGUAGCCAAGAGCGUUGCAGAAUCCAAGUCGUUUCAUCUGGAGUUUUGUUGGCUUGAAUCUCCUGGGAAGAGGCAGAGACUGGUUAGAACUUAUGACGUCGAAGGUUUGGCAGUAUCAUCGACAUACUUUUCCGAAACUAAAAGUCUAGGUCUUUGAUUCUGGGUGUGUUUUGUGUUGGCAUGUUAAGAAGCUUGACAGUGGACGUCCCUUGGAAUAUCUUGUGUUUUGCAACACCAGUGUUCACAAGAAUUAGCUCUUCUCAGAUAGUAGAAUUUUGUUCCCGGAGAGACUUAGCUGGAGAGAGGCAAAUUUGUAUUCUGUGCAUAAUUGCGUAUGCGUGCAGGAACUGGAAAGGACGAGUCUUUGAAAGGUGAAUGAUGCAUCAUUUAUGAAAUGAAGCAAAUUGAUGCCGGUCAUUUCAAUGUUUCUCUUCUGUUUUGUGUCUGAAUUUGGCUACGGAGUACGGACGCAUAUUGGAUCACUGGAAGCCCCAAUUCAACGGCUUAAGCAUGUGUUCACUGUAAACAACUCAGACUGAUCAUUAGUUCUCAGAUUAGUGGACGAGGAGUUGGUAUUUGAUUUCAUAUUAAUUACAUUUUUUUUAAACUACCAUUGCACUUGUAUACGGAUACCAUUGCAUUAAUACAACUACCAUUACACCGAAGAAAAAAGUAAUAAAUAUUAAAAAUUUAU